AGCGGCUGGCACUGCAGUGUUUUUAAGAUUGCCCUGUUUUCAGUGGAAAUGGAUGAUAUUUUUGGCCGGUACAGUAACGCCAGCUGGCCCAUGACAUGUCCCACGGGAGAAGAGGCCAUCCAGUUUCCUAUCGCAUACUGGAAACUAAUGUAACUGCCACUGAGCUUAAGUUAAAGUAACGCCAUGAAUUUGUAGUAAAAUAAGUAAAUGUUCUUGCAGCUAGUUUAGUGUAGCAUUAAUACAUGUUGACUCUUUUACGGUGGAGCCCCCGCCUUAAACUCGUGGAAUUUUACAUGGAGAUCACAGUUUACUCCGAGUUUGCCGUCAUCCUUUACUGAAGAUUUUGUGGACCAGUUCACCUCCUGGACUGAGCUAACAGCCGUUUGACAUAAUGACCAUGAUGGCCUUUGGAGCGAGGGCGGUUCUUCUCAACCUGAGACACACCUUCAGGAAAGCAGGCUCCUUAGCCAGAGUCAGACUUAUCCAGAACUCCAGAGCAUGUUUUGCUAGAAGAGGGCAGGUUUUAACCCAGAUACCCAAGGUUACACUGCUAUGUUGGGGUGCAGUGAAUGCAACAUCUUGUGCAGCCAGGUGCCAGGAAGCCACUCUUCCAUCCCGGACUGCUGACAGAAAGUCUCUAGCUAAAGUCCAAGUGCACAAAGUUAUAUUCUUCCUUCGUCUUAGCCUCCGUGCAUUGGUUCUGAUCCUCAAAUUUGGCCCUCUUCUCUUAUUCUCCCCCUUGGCUCUGGUUUCCACUCGUUGGGCGUCUCGCUGGCUGGAUGCUCUGCUGUGGGUAACUGAGACCUCUGGUCCUACUUUCAUCAAGCUAGGACAGUGGGCUAGCACCAGACGGGACAUCUUCUCUCAGGAGUUUUGUGAACGCUUCUCAAGGCUCCAUGUCAAGGUGAGCCCGCACUCCUGGGCCCACACCAAGCAAUGUCUCAGGAGGGCCUUUGGAGAGGCCUGGAAGAGGGUUUUAAUCUUUGACAGCAAAGAGCCGGUGGGUUCGGGAUGUGUGGCCCAGGUGUACAGAGGCUGGGCCAAGGCAGACCAGGUGGAGGACCCAGCCUUCCAGUUGCUGGUGGAGGAGAUGGAGAGAGAAGACUUGCUAGAAGCCUGGGAGAUUCCAGGUUUCAGGGGAGUGGCGAGCUCCCUGUGGGGGCUCUGGAGGGGGAGCAGGGAGGAGGAGGGCUAUGAAGAGAAAAGUUAUCCAGAUGGUCAGUAUGAGGAGAGCAGCACAGAGAAGGAGCGUCUGAUACCUGUGGCUAUCAAGGUGGUCCAUCCAGGUGUCAGGAGGCAGGUGGAGAUAGACCUCUUGCUGAUGAAAGCUGGCAGUUGGCUCCUGCACUGUCUCCCUGGACUCAAAUGGCUCAGUCUGUAUGAGAUUGUAGAGGAGUUUGAGAAGCUCAUGACCAAACAGAUUGAUCUCCGUUUUGAGGCCAAGAACAUUGAGCGUUUCCGGGAUAAUUUCCGUGGUGUGGAUUAUGUCAGGUUCCCAACUCCCUUACGACCAUUUGUCACCAGGACCAUUUUAGUGGAAACUUUUGAAGAGAGUGAACCCAUUUCUAGCUACCUACGCUCCGAGAUUCCUCAGGAGGUGAAGCAGAGAAUAGCCAGGAUGGGUGUAGACACCCUGCUGAAAAUGGUCUUUGUGGACAACUUUGUCCACGGGGAUCUCCAUCCUGGGAACAUUCUGGUCCAAUAUCGGGGACCUCUUGCUGGUUCCAGUGACAGUACUGGUAUCAAAGGGGAGUCCCAGGGUAAGACCACCCUCACUGAUUUGUGGGAUACGGUGGUUGUCAGUGUCAGGCCAGACCCGUAUCCUAUCCAGCUGGUGUUGCUGGACGCCGGCAUCGUAGCCCAGCUCAGUGACCAUGACCUUGCCAACUUCAAGGCUGUCUUCACAGCUGUGGUGCAGCGGCAGGGUGAGCGAGUAGCAGAGUUGAUUUUGCAUCAUGCUCGAGCCAAUGAGUGCCAAGACGUGCCACAGUUUAAGAAGGAGAUGGCCCAGUUGGUUGACCAUGCCCUCAGCAGUACACUCUCUCUGGGGAAGAUCCAAGUGGCUGACUUGCUCUCCAGAGUCUUUGGUUUGCUCAUCAAACACAAGGUGAAGCUGGAGAGUAAUUUUGCCUCAAUUGUGUUUGCCAUCAUGGUGCUGGAGGGUCUAGGCAGGUCACUCGAUCCGAACUUGGACAUCUUGGAUUUGGCCAAACCCCUGCUGCUGAAGAACUGUGCCUCACUGCUCUGAUAGAUACAUACACACACACACACACACACACACACACACACACACACACACACACACACAUACACACACACACACACACCUGAAGAUCAACAGAUGAAGUACAUUAGCUGUACUUGAUCUGUAGUGCACUUGUAGAUACACAUACAGGUAACAACCCCUAUGAUGUAUAGAUAUUGUACAUCUAUAGAUGUAGCACAUGUGUAUAUUUUCCUAAUGCCAUGAUCAUGAGGUGUCUUCAAGGCUACAAUGCAGGAUUCCACUGUGGAUCACAAGAUCAUUGUCUCAUCACUUCAUUUCAACAGUGCUGAUGCCAUAUAUACCUCACUGAGUUUUACAUCGGUGGAUAUUUCCACUUUCAUUGCUGUUUCUCUUGAAUUGUAUCAUCUACUCUCUGGUUGAAGUAUGAACAUUUCAUUCACUGAAAUCAACUUCAAGGCGUCUCUAACAGAGCCUAAUGAAUAAGAGCGUGUACGCUUUACAUGAGGCACCACUUGUCGUUUAUUGAGUGCUAAUGGAUGAGCCAGACACAUUGGCAGACACACAGAUAGCAUCAGAGACCAUUUGUAGUGAUUUAAGAUACAAAAGGAAGUAGUGCAAAGAUCCCUAGUUGAUACUCAAAAGCAUAUUUUUACUUUUUAAUGACUAAUAUUGAUCUCAGGAUGUCUUUUAUCACUCCAUUUUGUAUUGCAUCUUAGAUAAUGUUGUCUAAUGAGCCAUAUUUGUUUUAGUGCGAAUCACAAUGUACUGUAACAUUUGUUGUUAUACACUACAUUCAAGCCUUGUGAAGCUAAAGGUAUUCACAACUGACCCAUGUCUUUCCAUCAAAAUAGUGGGAACACUUGUAUGAAUAACACAUAUCAAUAAAAAGGGAAUCUAUGCUAACUGAGCCUUUUCUUUCCUUUGCUGCCUCUAGUGAGCACUUAUAAGUAACUUAUAAGUCUAACCCUUUCAGUGAAGUUAACUGACCAAACUUUGAAGUAGAAAAUUCACUACAUCAAGGGCACGGACUCCAUUAAUUUACAAUUUUAUUAAAUCUGUCAAUGAAAAACACAGACAAGAGACGCGAAUCUGUCAAUGUCAUCAGGAAGAACAGUCAGCAUGGCUGAAAGAGUGAGAUCAGGAGGUUUUGGUGCAAAAAAACUCAUCACAUA